UUCAUACACACAUUUUUAUAAAAAAAAAAUGACAUCAAAUUCACUCACUGCUUGGACUACAAUAGAAAACAAGAAAUUCGAGCAGGCACUCGCGGUCUACGACAAGGACACAUCUGAUCGCUGGCAAAACAUUGCUAGAUACGUUGGUGGGAAAUCAGUUGAAGAAGUUAAACAUCACUAUGCUAUCCUUGUAGAGGAUCUUAAGCACAUUGAAUCUGGUGACGUUCCAUUCCCAAAAUACAAGUCAGGUGGAAAGUCUCGUUAAUCUAUUACAGGAGUACGAGGUAUAAUACCCGUCAAAGUCAAAGAUAUGUGGACGAAUUACAUACGUGGAAAGACAUAUUUUUCUCUCAAGAUUAUGAAUACACUAAGCUAUUAUUUUCUUCUUAGAUCUAGUGAGAUGUGUUAGUGUUAUCAUUGUAUAACCCUGAUAUUAUCGUUUCGAAUUAAUGAGCAUAAUAUAAUUUAGGGA